AUGUCGACAGUCCGUCAGAAAGACAUCAACGUCUACGAAGCAUGGCUCAAGGCUGUUCCAGUCAUCGACACAGUCGCUGCAGUCGUCACGAUUCCAUUCGUGUCUGCUCUCUUGGCUUACGGUGCCGCAGCUCAUGUUGAGCGAAAGAACAAGAAGCAGAAACUCACGAUGCGUCAGUUGCUCGGUCUUGCAGACAGAAACUGGCUUCCGCUUCGAACCUAUCUCGCUCCAAUCGGUUCUCGACCAGCGUAUGUGUGUGACAACGAUCAUGAGGGCUCAAGAUGGACUCCCUCAUGCGAGAGCUUUACCAGCAUCUUUGCUAGAGACACGUCAAGCACUGGUGCACGAUCUCUCGCCUUUGAUAUCGACCCGGGCACUAUUCCGGAGAUACCCCGACAGCCUCUACUCGACGUGAUGGAUGAGCGUCUCCGGACCCUGAAGUCCCGCAGUAUACAGCCUCAGCUAUGGAGGAGCAACGAGACGGACCAAACGAUGGUUGCCGGUGAAGGUUUUAACUUCGUCCCAGUCUCUGCAGACGCUUUCUGGGUUUCGUCUGUGCCGUCUGGUAGCACAACUGGAGGACUCAGGAUGCGCUCGCUGAGGCUGAACUCUUCAUCAGAAUGUGCGAGCAUCGCCGCCGAUGAGUUUCCUUCCAACUGUUCUGGCCAGUUCCCUUUCCUCACCAACUACACCGGGAAUGGCAUCUCCAUUCGAGUCUGUGUUCCGGACGGUAAGGAUGGGAAGCCGUGGGGGGCUACGCGCGACCGUCAAGAUAUUGAGGAGGAGAUGUAUCUUGACGCCAAACUUGCUUCCGAUGCAGGAGACGCGACGCUUAAUGACGAUCUUCAAAACUUCACUAUCCGAUGUGUUGGCCGCUCCAGGAUGGGGUAUUUUGUGUAG